GAUGGGACUUUCAAGACUAUUUCAUCGGAGGCGGAGAAGGCGGAGGUUUUCGCCAAGGCAUUCUUUCCCCCGCGACCGGACACCUCAUCCGUACCUCGCGACUUUGCAUAUAGCGACCCCGUGCCCGGUACCUAUCACAACUUCACACGAGACCAGAUUCGCACCCAAGUUCGGAGGCUGAGCCCUUACAAGGCUCCGGGUCCGGAUGGAAUCCCUAACGUCGUUCUCAUGAAGUGCAUCGAUGUCAUACUCGAGCGUCUCUACUUCAUAUUCCGCGCUGUAUUCACACUUCAAACUUACUAUGGUCCGUGGAAGGAGUUCCUGACUGUGGUUCUGAGGAAGUUCGGAAGGGCGGCUUAUGAUCUGGCAAAGUCGUUCCGCCCAAUUGCUCUUCUGUGCACGAUUGCCAAGCUACUGUCGGCCCUUGUCGCUGGCCAGCUCUCCUAUAUCACCGAAAAGUUUGCUCUUCUUCCACCGACCCACUUCGGCGGA